ACCUUGUUAUAUCUUCUCUUGCAGAAUUGCCUCUUCAUACAUUCGUUAAUUUUCUCCAGACCCUCAGCAUUCUCUGGUUGUUACAUUGAGAUGUAAGAAAAUACCUGCUGUUUCCAGAAGUUCCUACUUAGACCUGUUCUUUGAGCCACUGAGCAGUUUCAUUUUUGAACAGCAAACGGAGAACUGCUCGCAUUGGUGCUGCUGCUCCAGCUGCGUGUGUGUGUGUUGUAAAAAGGAUGGUGUUUCUCUAGCUGCCGCGCACAAACAACACAUUUGACCAUGAGGACUCUUCGCAGGUUGAAGUUCAUGAGUUCGCCCAGCCUCAGUGAUCUGGGCAAGAGAGAGCAGGCAGCCUUGGAUGAGCGGGGAACCCAGCAGCGACGGGCCUGCUCCAACGCCACCUGGAACAGUAUCCACAAUGGAGUAAUAGCUGUUUUCCAGAGAAAAGGUCUUCCAGAGCAUGAGCUUUACAAUCUCAAUGAUGGAGUCCGGCAGCUGCUGAAAACUGAGUUGGGAUCCUUUUUUACAGAAUAUUUACAGAACCAGCUUCUUACAAAAGGCAUGGUCAUCCUGAGGGACAAGAUCCGAUUUUAUGAAGGACAGAAACUUUUGGAUACCUUGGCUGAAACUUGGGAUUUCUUUUUUAGUGAUGUCCUGCCCAUGCUUCAGGCCAUAUUCUAUCCUGUGCAGGGGAAAGAGCCCUCUGUCCGCCAACUAGCUCUUUUGCACUUCAGGAAUAUUAUAACCCUCAAUAUCAAACUGGAAGAUGCUCUGUCCCGUUCCCGAGCAAGAGUUCCUCCUUCCAUUAUUCAGAUGCUGCUUAUCCUUCAGGGUGUCCAUGAAUCAAAAGGAGUGACCGAAGACUACUUGAAACUGGAAUCUCUGAUACAGAAGGUUGUUUCUCCUUACUUGGGCACCUACGGCUUGUACUCAAACGAGGGGCCCAUCACUCACUCUUCUUGUUUUUUAGAAAAACGAUUCUUCCGGCGCUCUAAAUCAGGAGACAUCCCUGCCAAGAACCCCGUGGUGCGAUCCAAAAGUUACAACAACCCCCUGCUGACUCCCGUAGCUGAGUAUGAAACGGAGGGUGCAGCCCCCAACAGCUCCGGCAUCCGAAGGCAUUCCGUCUCCGAGAUGACUCUGUGCAUGGAGAUGGAGGACUACUCCAAUCUAACGACUAUCAUGGACAGUGGCUCCAAGAACUCAAUGGCUACCACCAAAAACUCACAUUCGGGAGAGCCAGAAAGGCUUUCUGCUGGUUCUAUGCAGUGCACUAGCCACCUCAAGGCACCGGAGCCACCAAAAGGACUCUUGUACCCAGGGGAUGGCCAGAGCAGGGCAUUUGAGCUGUCCAGAGAACAAGACUUAAUGGCCAUAGCCCCUACAGCCAGCCCUGAGAAUAUAGUGGACCAGAUUUUGGAGUCAAUAGAGUCAGAUUCUGAUGGGAUUUUCAUGGAGUUUGGCCAAAGUUGCUCCAGUUCAUCAGAGUACAACAUGGAUGUGAACAGACAGAGUGUUCUCUGAAGGACUCUGCAUGAGAAUCUUGGUUCAUGCUUAAGGACACAGCUUUGGGAUUCAGUAAAACCUGUCUGGUUGUGAUCUUGCAAGGGAGUCUUCUGAAAUACCUGAAUAAUCAGAAAUUGAGGGAGGGAAUGCCCUUCUGAUCAGAGUCAUAUGAGGGUGAUAGAUCUAGAUAAUGGUUGGUACCACUUAACCAUAAGUGUCAGACCAUGUUCCUGGCCAGGUGCCUUCAGCUGCAAACUGGGCCCCACUGCACAGGAAAGUGGCAUUUGCGACAGACCUGGCUGGAGGAUGAGGGCCCACAGCAUAACAUCAGACCUGUUCUCCUGCCUCUCACUGCUGUGCUACCCGACCACUUGCCCAGCAGGCCAAAGGCAAAGGGGGUUGCCCAGUAAACUGGUGUGUUUCCACCUCUGGACGUGAGUGACUGACCAUCAUUGUUCUUUCUUAGGUUCAUUCAUUACUCAUCGGGUGUGGACAUUGCUUCUGCAUGGUGGUGGGGGGGGGGGGGGGAGGUGCUGUGCUGCACCAGUGAUCUCCAUAAACAGGAGCCCGGGAACUUGCAGAUGUUAUGGUUCUUUCCUGUAGGAGUGUUGCUGGCUCCCUGGCACAAGUGACAUUGCUGUGGAUUAUGACUGCAUCACUGGCCCGGGCACUGUGAUCAGAUGGUGUAAUGUGGCGUCCAAACAGCAGAAAGGGAUUCCAACCCCUUGCCGGAAACACUUGAAUUUGGGUUUUAAGAUGUACCUGUGCAGAAGUUUCCCAUGUGGGGCUUUAGCAAAAAAACCCCCAAAAUGCAGCUGGCUGUGUGAACUCACCCUUCUGAGAACCAGUCUCGGUCUAGCUAAAGUUAGUCACGGCGAAGUCCCUUUGAUAUUGUUGGGUGAAGUGAGUGACCGUGGCUGGAAGCCUCGGUGCUUUUAAGGAGGUCUGACCGCACUUAAGCUGCUGUGUUCCAGGCAAGGUGAGAUGGAAGUUCUCCCUGUCACAGUUCAUUCAUGCUUGCAAUUCAUCACUUGGUAUGGCCGUCAUACUCUGAGGAACUUGCAUAUGUGAACCAGCCCCAGACAAAUGUGUCCUUCAACUCAUUACUGGUUUCAUCCACUCCUGAGUGGGAAGCAGCCGCCUACAUUGUGGAAGAUGUAUUGCUCACUACACAACGAUGUCUCUUGAGGGGCCAGAGUCUCCUUCAUUUUUUAUCAGUUUUACAAAAGCAGUUGUAAACAUUUCUUUAGGGUUCAAAAGCAAGAAAAGCUCCCCCCCCUCCUUCAAGUAAAACAAACCUGUGACUACCAACA